CAGACAUCAACAUUAAUGCAGAGAUGCGAUGUACAAGCAUUCGUUCGGGUCAGUCUGUCGCUCAGUCUGCCAGCUCCUCGAAGUGAUAGGCCACCCUACCCACAGCCUCCUCUACAGCCACGGCCUCCCUCUCCGCCCGAUUCGUCUUCCUCUCGAAAUUGUCAUUCCUCCGCCUCUCAUCCCCACAACCACCAUGGCCAUGUUGUCUCGAUCUUCGCUGACGUUUCAUGAGCUGCUGGUAGACGUGCACCAGGCCCUGAGGCGUCACGCCUGAGAUCUCCGAGGCUGCUUGGAGGGUGGCUGGGCGGUGGUGGUUGAGCUUCUCGACCUCCUCCGCAGACAGACAGGGGAAAGACUCCCUGACACACACACACACACACACAUGCACUGGAUGUGCACCUCUGUCUCCGUGUGUUUGGUCUGUUGGCCUCAUGGCCUUGUGGUCUCACUACUCACUUUGAGAAGUAGACGUGUGGGGGUAUCCUCAUCUGGUUGUUCUUGCGCCACGUCUCCAUCUCCCUCACCUGCCUGUCCAGGUACGCCCCGUACAUGCACUCGGCAGCCACCGUGUCGACCAUGAAAGCCGGACUCCUCUCGUAACCCUCCCUCUCGACCUCCCCUCCCUCUCCCUCUCCCUCCUGUUGUUGCUGGUGCUGCUGCGGUUGCUGGUGCUGCUGGUUGUGUGCGAUGAUGACAUCUUCCACCAUGGGAAGGGUCACGUUGGGCAUGGCCAGCGCCUCCCUCGCUGUCUUGCUCCUCUCCCGGUCGGCGCGGGCAAUCGAGAGGGCUGGGCCGCCGUAGGCCAUCCAGUCAGUCGAGCUGAGACGGAACGACCUACCAGGCGACAGAAGGCAUGGAGAGUUGGUGUGCGGGUGUGCUGUGGUGUUGGUUGGUCACUCGAGUCGUCUGAGCGUCUUAUCGAGUAGCCUCUCGCGCAGCUGGAGGGUCUUGAACCGUUCUUCCGACACGACCCCGGCCUCGUAGCCCUUCCUUGUCAGUCUGACACACACACACAUACACACAGACAGACAGACAGACACACGCCAAGCAGACAGAGGGAUCAUCAUCACACGUGUGUAUCUGUGUGUGUCCCCGGCCUUUCACCUCAUGUCAGCAUUAUCGCUCCUCAGCGCCAGGCGAUACUCUGCCCGGGAGGUGAACAUCCGGUAGGGCUCCUUCGUCCCUUUGGUGACGAGGUCGUCGACCAACACCCCGAUGUAGCCCUCAUCACGAUCGACAAAGAAGGGCGACUGGCCCAGCGCCGCCCUGCCCCCGUUGAUGCCCGCUAUGAUGCCCUGAGCACCUGCCUCCUCAUAGCCUGGACACGCACAGGAAUGGUGAGGAAUGCAUGGUGUGUUGCGUGUUGUACUACUAACUAACCAGUGGUGCCGCAGAUUUGGCCCGCGAGGUAGAGUCCCGGGAUGGAUCUCGUCUCGAGCGUGUGGAACAGGGCGCGCGCAUCCACAAAGUCGUACUCGACGUCAUACCUGCACGCAAUGCAUUUAUCACAUGCAUCACAACGCCACACCAUCCAUGAGUCAGUCAUGCGUGGGUGUCUGCCCAUCCAGCCGGCCUUACCCGGGCCUGACGAUUUCUGCCUCCUCGAGGCCAGGAAUCGUCCUCAGAUAGUCCGCCUGUACGUGUUCAGGGAAGCACCCCGACAGGCCGUUGGGGUACACCACGUGUGUGUUGAGCCCUUCGGGCUCUAACCACACGAUGUGACGGUCACGGUCGGGGAAACGCUCAACCUGCACGCCGCGCACAGGACAGACAGACAGACAGACAGACAGAAACAUACAUAUAUUCAUCGCUGCUGUGCAGGUCUGUCUGUUUAUGUCGACCUUCUUCCAGAUGGAUGGGCAGUAUCUCGGCCCCACCCCUUCCCCAUCCCCACUGUCGUAGUCAGGCAGCGUGUCCAAAUUCGCAGAUAUCACCCUUAAUGAAGUGAAUCAACCCACACGCACACGGUGGACACACAUAGAUAGGCAUAGAUAGAUACGUUCGUCUGUCGCUGAGCGUCUGUCUAUGUGCAUCCACCCACCCACCCACCCACACUGACUGAGCACCUACCUGUGAGUGUCUGCGUUGGUGUAGGUCUUGUGGCACUGGAUGAAGUGGUCGCUCGGGAUGGUGACGCCCCGCUGGCUGAUCUGGUUGAGGAAGGAGAAGGGCUCAGGUGGGUCCUCACUCGGCUGCGCCUCCAGCCGCUCCCAAUCGAUGGUGCGGCCGUCCAGACGGGGAGGGGUGCCUUCGAAGGCAUCGCACACAUACACGGCCAUACAGCACACACACCCAGUGUAUUCAUUUGGAUGCAUUUACCUGUCUUGAGCCUGCCCAGCUGGAAACCCAUUCUAUCGAGCGUUUGCGCCAGGCCCACCGAAGGAGGCUCAACCGCCUCCGAGUCGCGUAAAUGACGGCCUGCGCUGUACCUGCACCACACGCAGGAACGAUAUAUCGAGAUUGACCUGACGCACACAGGUGUGGUGUGGUGUGACUGCGCGACUGACCCCUGCCUUCCGAUCCAGCACUUGCCCCUAAGGAAAGUGCCGGUGGUGACGACCACCCUGCCGCCCUCGAUGUCCCUCCCGUCGCCCAGCCGCACCCCACGCACAGCGCCUCCAUCCAGCAACACAUCCUCUACUGACGCCUCUGCGAACGAUCAACAGGAGAGAGAACGGUCCACCCAUCCAUCCAUCCAUCCAUCCGUCCAUCUGUGUGUUGCUGACCAACGAUGCGCAGAUUGGGGUAAGCCGACAGGGUCGCCUGCAUGGCCUCCUUGUAGAGGUCCCUGUCAGCCUGUGCGCGCGGCCCCCUGACGGCCGGCCCCUUGCUGCGGUUGAGCAGCCUGAAGUGGAUGCCUGCCCUGUCGAUCGUCACACCCAUCAGGCCGUCCAGCGCGUCGAUCUCCCGCACUAAAUGCCCCUUGCCGAUGCCGCCGAUAGAAGGGUUGCAUGACAUCUCACCUGAACAACAACAAAACCCACCCACCCACACACAACAUACGCACACGGGGUGGACUGAACUUCACCUGCCGCGGCUGGCUUGCUCACCGAUGGUGUCGGUCCUCUGUGUGACGAGUACGGUGUCCGCUCCAGUCCGCGCCGCGCCUGCAGCGGCCUCGCAGCCGGCAUGGCCGCCGCCAAUCACCACCACAUCGGCCUUGAGCGGUGCAAGGGAGGAGAGCGGAGGCAGGGAUGACACAGACGAGCGAUGCCGCGAACGCAUCCGGUCAUGAAAACCCUGAAAACGAUGCAGAGGAAGCCGCAGACAGGGAUGAAUGCGGUGUCUUUGUCUGCUGUGUAGUCUCGUGUGCGUAUCAUACCGAUGUGAGAAAGGCGUGUUUGUGUUUGCGGCUGACAAUAGGCCUCCUGCGGACCAUCGGCUGGCAUGGCUCGCCGCUGCCGCAUCCAGACGACGACGUCAGCAAGGAGGUGAAGAGCGCUCCUUCACUCAACAGCUUCAUUCAGCAGACAGUGGCCAGAUCUAUAGCUCUAUGAGGCCUUCCAUGCUAUCCGUGAUCCACAGAAGAGCUGGCGGAAUAGCUCGCGGCUCGUCGACAGCCAGCGCAGCGGCACCAGCUCCGCGAGCGCAAAAG